AUGUCUAAGAUCAAACAAUUCUUCAAGAAAAAAAAGGAUGAAGCAGCUUUCAAGUUCAAACUUGGCGGUGGUAGUUUGGGUCAAGGUCAUUCCUUGAGUUCUUCAGAGCCAGCAACGUCGUCAUCACAGGGAAGAAGACCUGACUACGAAGCGUAUAUACCACCAAAGAGGAAGGAACUAAGCAGUGAAGCCAAAGCUGCCGCAGAAGCCGCUCUGGCUCGUAUCGAGAAAAAGGGUGACCGCAAAGCAAUGAACACCUCACUGGCAGCGAUAAAAGCAAGAGCAAGGCAAGAGCUUCAAGCAGAGGCUGCGGCGCUCAAGCAAGAAAAUGAAAGCGCUAACAUUGAAAAAACAUCGACACCUACUGAGAAUGUGGCUUCUGUAUUUUAUCGUUGUCCACUAGUUAGUGAUGAAAUACUACCAAAAAAGGAAUGGAGGAACAAAAUCAAAGAAUUUUUGUACCAGCAACUCGAAACCAGUGGUGAGAAAGCCUUGACUUCUUGUUUAAUAAUUCAAAAUUGUAACACUAAGGAGAAAGCCGAGGAAUGUGUCCAGACUUUAUGUAAAUAUUUGGAGAACAUUAUCAAUCAUCCCAAUGAGGAAAAAUACUGUUCUAUACGGAUGUCUAACAGGAUAUUCUCCGAGAAAGUUCGAUAUGUCGAAGGCGCUCUAGACUUUCUGAACGCUUGUGGCUUUCGGGAAAUCUUACUAGACAAUGAGUUAUUUAUGAUAUGGUCCAAUGAUAAUAUUGAACAAAACUACGACUUACCAUCUUUGCUAGAAGCUCUCAAGAACGCUGAACAAAUAAAUCUUGAGCUGGAUAGAAAUAUAAAAGUUUUAUUACCUUCACAAGCAAAGAGCGUUAUUCUGCCGGACGAUUUCUAUCGCAUUUCGCCAGAAGAACUCAAACGGGAGCAACAACUGAGAACUGAAGCCAUUGAAAACUCCCAAAUACUAAAAACAAAAGCGAUGCGUGAACGCGAGGAGCAGCGUACCAUGCGAAUGUACAGAUAUGCCCUUAUAAGGGUCAAAUUUCCUAAUGGACUCUACAUUCAAGGAACAUUCAAUGUUUACGAGAAACUCAGCGAUGUUUAUGAAUUUGUGCAGUCUUGCCUACAAAAUGAAUCCAUGGAUUUCAACCUAAUGAUGGCCAACGAUGGUAAAUUCUCUGAAAACGAUAUGGAGAAAACACUGUUUGAUCUAAGGCUAAUACCGAACGUAGUUUUGCUAUUUACAACAGCGGGAGAAUGGGGUUCAGACUGUAAUUUUGUAAAGGAGAAUCUAUUGUUGCUUGUACAAGAUAUGUAAUACACUUUCAAAUGUAAUAAUCGCAGUAAAACAUUAUAUGAGCAUAUAGCAAGCUCUAUCCAUUUA